AGAAUCGUAUUCAACGUGUUUGGAGAGAAGCAGGACGAUAUACAUCAGUACAUCCUUUAUUCGGUCUUUUAUUUUAUCUAAUUCGCAUCUGAUUUCGCAGAACAUUUGUGUACAUUUGACCUAACAAUGUACAGUUCAACGAUAACCAAAUACGAGGGCAAUAAAAAUCAAAUGUUAGUGCAACCGGGGACGGAAAAUGGUAGAGAUUCGAAUCUCAAUCAACCACCGAAGCACAUGCCGGCGGAGCAGCCAUUAAUUUGGCGUAAUAUCAUUGUCAUCGUCGUUCUCCAUAUCGUCGCGAUCUAUUUGUUUGCCACGCGAUCUCGCGAAAUGAAAUUUUGGACCUGGAUGUGGUCAAUCUUAUAUUUACUUUCUGCUGGUUUUGGCGUAACAGCUGGUCUUCAUCGUCUUUGGGCACAUAGGAGCUAUAGCGCCAAAUUGCCACUUAGAAUACUACUUGUUUUAUUAUAUUGCUUGGCUGGUCAGACUCAUCCGUCUAAAUGGCUUCGCGUUCAUCGAACACAUCAUAGAUACACAGAUACGUGUGCGGAUCCACAUAACGCUAACCGCGGCUUUUUUUUCUCACACAUUGGCUGGUUAAUGAUGAAGCAUCAUCCAGCAGUUAAGAAAUACGGUAAAAAUGUGGAUAUGAGCGAUAUCGCUGCUGAUUCUGUAAUACGUUUUGUUGACAAGUAUUACGCUCUGAUUAUGGUGCCACUGUGCUUUGUCCUGCCGGCUAUAGUACCGGUCUAUGUAUGGAACGAAACCUGGGACGUAAGCAUAAGCAGCGUAAUUAUCCGGUAUGUGUGGGCGUUGAAUUCAACCUUCUCUGUCAAUAGUUUCGCUCACUUGUGGGGCAAUCGACCGUACAACAGAACUCUUAAGUCAACGGAGAAUCCUGUGGUGUCCUUCUUUACUAUCGGCGAGGGUUGGCACAAUUACCAUCAUUGCUUCCCGUGGGACUAUAAGGCUGCGGAGCUUGGCUUCUACCGUCUCAAUUUAACUACCGCUUUUAUAGAUUUCAUGGCUUGGUUGGGAUGGGCGUAUGAUUUAAAGACACCAAACGCCAAGCUCGUCGAUAGGCUUUGUGCGAAUAAAGGUGAUGGUACGACGGGCCUCUCGAGAGGUAGGAUAGAUAUUCCCAAGAUAUCAGAUGUUCUUUAA